AUGGGACGUGGCGGCAAGUACAAGCAAUGGGGAAAGGAGACUCAGCAUGGUGCAGGUGCGCAACAGCUUUGGCGUGGCUCUUGGUCUCCGGGAUUGCGUGCGGACCCAUCAGCCCGCCCUUGGCGCGAGAACAGCAACAAGGAGGCCGCUCCUGCGCCUUCCUUCCCUGCGUACGAUUCUAUGCCCUCAGCUGCCCCGGGCAACCUGGAGGUGGUGGCACAGCAAGGUCGUUCGCAUGGUCUGCAAGGGCUUCUGAAUGCGGCGCGGAAAGCAGAGCUUCGCUUGCAGAAACUUCUACGAGCCAAAGAUCGUGCAGCCGAGCAGUGGGAGACCUUCCAGAGAGGUCUGAAGGACUCUUUUAUCAAAGAGCAGACACGUUUCAACAAAAACGGAGCCAGACUAGACCGCGAAAUCGCGGAAGCGACUGUGGAGCAGGACAAGGCCUACGAGGAUAUCCAACAGUCAGUACUACGCGGCGGCGAGCCUCCCGAUGCUCCUAUGGCAGCAGCAGAGGCAGAAGCAUCCUGGGAUCGUAUGAGGAAUGGCUGGGAGAACGAAGAUGCGGAUGCCAUGAGUCACGUACUUCGUCGUGCAGUAGAGGCACCGCGAACAGCAGCUUCCAAUGCCAUGAGGCAGUUGACCCCGGCGAUGCAGGAGCUCUUGGUUUCCUUUGGGGCGAUCCCAGCCUGGGCUGCGUCAGCUCGGGCUGGAGGCGAUUUGCGGGCUCCGCUUGCCCCUCAGGUUCCUGCUGCCCCAAAAACCUCACACCCGGACGGAUCAGGCUUGCCUUCUACUUCAGCUGCCCCCUCGGAGACACGGCAAGCCACCCCUCAUCAAGGGAAAGCGGACAUGCAGAUUUCGCCGGCGCACCCAGGGCAGCGCGACAUGGCCGCGGCACGGGUUCCCACUGCUGUGGAAGCCCCACGACCAGGCAUCAAGGCGGCGACUAUGGCUCCUACCGCUGCGGGAACCCCACACUCGCUUUUGGCAGACAAGCUGGAUGCGAAAAGAGCCAAUGCCAAGCCCCAUGCUAUGCAGCCUUUCCGUGGCGGUGGGGCUCCUCUGCCUGGCAAUGUCGAUGGCUCCGCAGUGCCCGUGGAGGAUCCGUCGGACCAGGAAAUGAACGAGGCCGACGUCAAAGAUGGCCCUCAAUCUCCCGGGUCCCCUAUGCAGCCUGGGCAUCCUGAGGGCUACACGGCAGAUGUGUUUUCCGUUUCAGCCUUCGCUUGCCCUGAUUGUGAGUACUGGGUUCGUACUGCCUUUUCUGGGUCAGAUAUUGGCCUUCUCAGCCCUCGCUUACACUGCCCCCUGUUGGAUUUCGCGGGAGCGCACAACACGUGUAUCGGUUGCUCUGGGACACGGGCCCUGCCGGUUAGCCUUGCAUACCCUUUUAGCUAUUGGCGAGAGUCCUUGGCGAUUGUUGGAGUCGUUGCCUCGGUGCCUCGCUGUCUAUAUUGGAAUUUUGGGCGCGACUCGGUGCAUUGGCUUGAUGUUACGGGUGCGUCCUUGUCCAUUGUCGUGCCUGACUUUACUGCUGCCCCACCUCAAUGGCAGCGACUUCUGGGAGGAUUGCUUGGCGUACACAGCACAGGCUACUGCGUGUUGGCGAUGGAUUGGCACUUUGUGCUUGCAGCAUCGGGCGUUGUGGCAUUCUUCAUGGGAUUUGCCUCUUUGCCUGUGCGGUGCUGCGUUGAUGGGCCUUUGCACCUUGCGAUUCCCGUGAUAUUGUCGAUUCCUUCGGCAAAUUGCGUCAGCACACCGGUUGUCGCGCUGACACCGACGCGCCAGCCGCAUGAGAUCCCUGUUGAGGAGUUAGCCGAUGUCGUCGGGGAGACACUGGAGCGACCUCGGCAAGCUUUCUCUCUAGGGGCCAUCGACUCAGACCAGAGAUGGGUGGUUGCUGCACAAGGCCCGCUUCCUGAUGGGCGGGAUAUUGCGCCCGGACAUUGGCUGGGUGUCAUUGUGAUGACACCUCACUUUCGGGAUGUUUGUGUGGCCGUUCGAUGCAGACAUUUUCAUACCUACCAACAUGUCGUCGACAUUGUGCUGGAUUCUGUGCCUGGUGGGCCUCGGGACGUUGGUCUGACUUGUGUGCCUACGAGGCCCCAGUUUUGUGAAGGAUAUGCCACUUUUGUCAGGUUUCCCACCUCCGUGCACCACCACCCUCAAGGACGCAGAGUAGCUGUGCUUGUUGACCUCACUUCGGUUGGAGGCAACCGCUUUGCAUGCGCGUUACCACAGCACUUCACCAUGAGUGAGCUGCUCGCAUUCGUCACACCUUUGGCGUCCGCCUCUGACUCACCUUUACGACUGUACGUCGCUGAGGAAACGUCACCGUGCACUAGGGAGUCUCUCCUGCUGCAAGACGGGUACGUGUUGGCCUUCUUUGAGCAGAGGCCUCCCUUGCACAGAUGUGUUCUUUCUGUCGCGGAGCUGAUGUCAGAACCUUCGCGUUGGUGCCCGCCCGAGCAGUUGCUGCAUGUUGUCGACUGCGAAGGGGUUCUAGUGCAUCAUGGCCGAGACAGAUUUUAUAUGCCGGCACACCAUCAUGCUGGCCAAACGGCAGUAGAGGCAGUGCGUACUGCUUACGAUUAUGCUGAUGCUGAAAGUGUCUCUUGUGCCUUUUCGAUGCCGGACCUGGAUUUUCGGGGCAACGCGGUUUCGCACAUUUUGUUUGUUGCGGAAGUGCUACCCACGCCUGCCACGGCCUCUCCAGCAGAGCGCCGGCGCGAUCACUUUGCUUUGUGUGACUUUCGCCCAGUGGGAUAUAGCCCUCGAGUGGUGCACACCAGUGUGCCACUCUUGCAUCUACCGUCCUUGGCCGCAGCCUUUGGCAUCCGAGUGCCUGUGGGUAUGCGGUUGUACACCUUCGACGGCAAGUGCGAGGAGGAUGAGGUCCGGUUUGAGGGCAAUCCGGUCCUGUCCUUCGUUUUUGAAGAUUGUCCCGAGGUUGAGCCCGUGGCAGUGUCCUCAGGACUCUUCGUUGACCUUGCGGCCCUCAUCACCACGGGCAUGCGAGCAGUGAUGCCUUACCCCGGAAUAGGUCUAGUGCUGUGGCCGGAUCUAACAUGGGUCCAUGCCAAUGACCCUGUUUGGGCGACAAAAGAGGCAUACAAGUGGUCCCCUGGGUUUCUGCAAGAUGCUCUUCCUGAGAGCACCUGGGAGCUCACCUCUGUUCCUGCUUUGUUUGUCGAUGUGUUGGGAAAGCCAUGGUCUGCCUCGCUUCUUUCUGCCACAACUUCCCUCGUCCCGUGGAAGGUGAGGGUCGGAUUUGGCCUUACCUGGGCAGCUAUGGACGAGGAUACUCUGGGUUCCGAAGAUGCCUCAGAAUUUACGUUCUGCCUCUUAACGCCGGGCUACACUCUGGAGCCAGUUGUGGUGAACCUGUCAGCUCCAGUGGAGAUACCAGAUGCCUUGCAAGUUGUGCGAGAAGAUCGUGAACCUGUGCGUGGCAGGUUGUAUCCCGCUCUAGUGGUGGUCGAUCCUCAGCCGGCGCAGGGUUUUGGCGUGCUCCUGGCGCUUCCUGCCUGGCCUAGCCCUGAGGUCUUCAUUUGCUUCUCGUUGCUUGACAUCGAUGAUCGUCUCUUUGUCGCGUCAGCACCUCUUGUGGCCUCACGUGAGCGGCUACUUGAGUUAGCCGAGUUGGAACCUGCAGAGCUCUAUGACGUAUAUGUCGGAGGCAGCCCAACCCCGAUGGUUGAGGCCGAGGAGGUUGAUCUGGUCCGAGGUAUGUGCAUCUUUUGCUAUCCCCGGCAUGUGCUUCCCGGUCCUUAUUUCCAUCUGACGGAGUCCUUGUUGUCCUCUGCAGCAUGGGAAAGCAAUCCCUCCCUCCCGUUUGGGCCCGCUGAUGGCUUCAUGUGCUUUGUGGGGGAGUUUGCCCAGCGUCGUGUCCCUCUCGAGGAGGAUGCAUCUUUCCCGGACAAUGCUGAGAUCGCCGCAGCGCUCGGGUUGCACCCUGAGCGGCUUGUGGUGCAACCUGCCUACCCGGUGACGCAGGAUGUCGCGCUCAAUGGGUUUUACUGCUAUAACGUUUGUGCGGCAUUGGACCUUCCUGAGCCUGAUGCUGAGGACGGGCCCCCUUGUAUUGUUCUCAUCGACUGCCGCGCGUUGUUGCAAGGCUGGCAGAUGGUCUCGUGUCCCGCUGCGGUGAUAUCACGGACACAGCUGAUUGAGGACCUUUCUACGUUCGCUCCUCCUGGAUGGAGUGUGCAUCUUGAAGGGAUCCCGGCAGCCAGCGGCAACUAUGAGGUCUCUCCUGGAAAGGUCCUCUAUGCGUCGUAUGUCAUGGACACGCACCCUUGGCACGAAACGGCGACAGCAGAGGUCGCCAGCGAGGAGGCAGAGGAAGAAGGAUCGUCUGGUAGUUCCGAACCCUCCUUCUCUCCGGCGUCCAGCCCUGUACCUUACGCUGAGGAGCGCAGUCGCAGCCGAUCACCAUAUCGCGACUUCGGACAGGGGCACACGUCCUCAGACACUCGGGCUGAAGGGGUUCCUUUCUUACUGCUGGGACAGGAAUACGCCCCUGAAAUGGUGAUUGUUUCGCAGGAUAGCACCGAGCUGUCUGCCGUGCUUCGGUCAGUGCAGAGCCGACGUGAUGCGACUUGUCGUCGACGUUUCGCGCAGCUUGUUCCUGUCCAUCCCCAGCCUGCUGAGUCUUAUGCCCUGGCCAUUGUCAAACCCGUUUGGAGCCGCGAGGUUUAUGUGGUUUUUGAUUGCCUCCGGGUCAAUGGAUCUGUGUUCUGUUGGCUCGCCUCCGCUGCUAUGACCAGAUCAGCGAUUCUUGCUGUUGCUGGGAUCCCUGACACUUCGGAACACGAAGUCUAUGUCCCGGACCAGGACCUUCCGCUCGGAGCACAGGAUGUGUGUCGUCUCAACACGGGCGCUUGUGUAUCUAUAGUGCCUGUGUCCUGUCCCUGGUUUGUUGUCGCCUCAUUGCAAGAUAUGUUGCUUGACAGCACCAGCUGGAGUACUGCGGCCGCGCUCCCGUGCGUCCCUGGGGAUUGGUUGUAUGUCUUGUCUGACACAGGGCCGUGCUGCCUGCAAAUACCUGAGGCGAGGCCCGACGAGCUUUUCUCCACGGUAGCCGAUGCCCUCGGAGUACCGCUCAGUAGGGCUACCUUCCAGCUUGCGUUUCCGCCAGUGGACGAUUUUUCGGACGAAGGUCGCAUAGCGUGGAAUAUCGCUGUGCUGACUAGCACGCCGUCAGCCCCUAUCGGGAGGGAAGGUUGCGUGUACUUUCUCGAUUUGCGUGCCCUCAUGUGUGGCCUUACAUGGGCUUUUACCCCAGAGUGCGCGAGACCCACCGCGGGGGGACAUUUGGUCGAGGUUCUAGGUGGUCGCCCCGUUGACACAGACUCGCCUGACGAGAUACAUGUCUGGCCAGGCGAGGUGCUGGUAGUUCAGGUUCUUGACGCCGGGGCGGCUCCCUCUCCCGCCUUUGCACUUCCGAGCGAGGCUCCCGGCCCUGGAGAUGCGCAUGAUGACAAUGAGGAUGGGGCCUCGGGCAACUCGGCCCCUUCCAGAGGGAUUUCUGUCCGUGCGGGCUCUGCUGGAUCAAGUGCCCAUGCCGGCGAAGGUCCUUCUCAGCCGGGAGACUGCUUUGAUGCUUUGUCUUCUGCGAUGUCGCCGGCAUCGGCAGAUGGUCGUGAUGGCGGUGCUGUGUGCAUCUUGUAUGCCCUUGGUGGCAUCCAUGCAAUCCCGCCCCGUUUGUGGAGCAUUGUGGCAUGCCGAUGCGAGUUCUGGUCCGCCACCUCUGAGUGGAGCUCUUCCCUCGCGGGCCAUUGCCACGCCAUGUCGAGAAAGGAUCCUGAAUCGGCGUUCUUCAACGCAGCAACACUGCUAGAGACUCUCUCUGAGCAUUUUUCCAGCGAUGUCGGCUCUCCUUUCGUUGGGUGCAAUGGUCGCCCUGCAAACGGCGACGCCGGCAUUCCCCACUUCUUCUUUGAUGAAGCUCUGGAGGAGCCCCCUUGCGAGCUGGUGCUGUCCUCCUUGCUUGAUUUUGGCAGCGAUGCUGAUGUUUCUGUUCAGGCCUCCAAUGCGGAAUGGUACUCCUUGGAUUGCGGCAGCUGUCUUAUGCCCAUCUCGGAUCCUCACUGGCAGGAUUUACACCGCUUUGUGUCGAUUGACCGCCUCCUUUUCGGCAUUGAGGGCCUGCCUCGUCCACAACGCUUCGCUCAGUGGGUUGCAAUGCAUGAGCCAAAGGCCUUUCUUAGUGAUGCGACUGAGAUUUGCCUUACUUCGGAUGGAUCUUUUUCAGAUCGACAUGGCGCUGCCGGAUGGGGAGUUGUACUGUCGGUGCUAUCGCCCGCAUUUCCUGUCGUGCCUGGCUCAUAUGUGGGGUACAUUGCGGGCAACUCCAUUGAUCUGUGGGCGUUUGGUGACCAAUCCCAGACGAUCAAUGCCUUUGGUUCUGAGAUUGUGGGACUCUUCUGGGCUGCUGUUGCCGCUUUUCAGCUCCCUUUCUCUGGUCGGGUGAUUUUCCGAUGCGAUAAUCAAGCGGCGCUAGGCAUUGCGGCAGGUCAUGCGGCCCUUUACUCGUGCAUUCCCGGUGAGGACAUGGGUGUACAAUCUGGCAUGUAUGGUCAUGUUGGUCGCGUCGCUUUGCUUGAUGCCAGUCUCAAGGCUGAGGGGGUUUUCGUGGCAGGACUGCAGGAGACCCGGACCCCGGAGGGACAGCUGGCUUCUAAGAAUUAUCAUCGGUAUUGUGCUGGCUGUCUGGACAAGAAAGUGUACGGCAUUGAGAUUUGGGUUGGCACUUUUGCCGGCCACCCGACUGCCUUUCGGUUGGCCUGGUGGAAAGCGACAGCCGAUUUGUGUAUGGCUUUCAGUUCUGCCCUGGAUUGGGUCUUUCUGGUGGAUGCCAAUUGUUCCCUCGGCUCUACGGUGUCUCGAAGUGUUGGAGCACACCUCGCGGAGGAAGAAGACGAGGCUGGUGAAGCUUUCCACAGCCUGUUGCACUCCUGCGGUACUUGGGUGCCGAGUACCUUUUCUGAUUCAUUUUCAGGAGAUGGCGGGACUUUGGUGCAAAAACGGUCUAGCACACUAGCUCGGAGAGACUUCGUCGCACUGCCUUUGGCAUGGCGGGACUGUGUUUCACGAGGGUAUGUCUCUCCAGCUGUGAAUGCGGGCCAUUCCGUUCCCGACCGUUUUGCAAUCGUAAUCCAUGUUGAGCUCGACGUCGGUGGUAGGCCUGCUACCCGACCGAGCCCCAGGAUUGAUGGGGAGGCCUUACUGCUGCCUCAGAACUCGGCUGCCGUGGAGGCCGUCCUUUCUGCGCUCCCUGUUGUUCCCUGGGACACGAACGUCAAUGACCACAUCUCGGUCCUGACCGAUGCACUUUAUCGAGGGUUGGCCAACAGGUUCCCCAGGCAACGCAGGCGCAUGCGGCAGGGAUUUCUCUCUGAGGAGACCUCCCGGCCUCCCGUGUCCAUGAGGAACUUGCCCGGAGCCGGCAUGCGCUCCGAUGGCGCAUGGCCGAAAUGCGACGCUGUUUUCUGCGAUGUGCCCUUGUUGGAUCGAGCCGCUCACUUGAACAAAUUGGCUGCAGAGGUGGACGAUGCAGACGCGUCCUCGGUGCAUAUUGCCCUCCGAGGGGAGGAGAUGUGCCUUGAGCGUUUCGUCAAGGAAGGUCUGAUGGAAUCCCGUGCGCCAGCCCUGCAAGUUGGAGGUCGCCCCGGCCGUACGUACAUGUUCGGUUCCUUUGUGUCCAGAUGCUUUCUCUGCUUCGCGAGAUUGCAUAGUGUGUCGGCCGCCAUUGUAUUCACCGACCUCGUUGCGGCGUAUUAUUCGGUGGUACGUGAGGCCGUCACGGGCCUGGCACCGGAUGCCUCUGUGCAAGACGUUGCCGCAUCGCUUCGGUUGACUGAUGGCGACUUGCAAGAACUUGAGGCUCACGCUAGGGAACAUCCUGUGCUUUCAGGCCCGGAUUCGCCAGCUUUUCUCCGGGCUCUUACCGAAGAGCUGCAUUCCGACACGUGGUUCCACUUGAAUGGUGACCCAAGCUUGGUUCGCGCAGCGAGAGGGACCCGCCCAGGGGGCUGCCUAGCUGACACAGUGUUCAGCCUUCUUUUUCAGAAGGUGCUGGCUAGGCGCGUGCCAGCAUCUGAUUGUCAGGUCCCGCGCGUCCGGUGGAGUGGGGUACGUGAGCUUCGCCUUUUCCAGGAGAGCCAGGCAUCUCAUCCCUCCACGGUCCGCGUCGAGGAUAUCACAUACGCGGACGACCAUGCGUCCUGUGUUGUUGCGCCCUCGGCUUUGCAGCUGGAACAGGCGGUGCGCAACACCGCGGGCCGCACGCUGGACUCCGUUGCCGGCCAUGGCUUGGCUGCGAAUUUGGGGCCGCGCAAGACAGCGGCGCUGAUGCUUCAUCGUGGGGCAGGCUCAAAGGCUGCGAGGGCUCGUACCUUUGGACAGCUGAAGGGCAAGCUACUUGUUCUUCGUGAACAUAGCAAGCCUGUUACCCUGGACGCUGUUCCGCAGUACCGACAUCUUGGUACACUUCUGACGCAUACCGGUUCUCUUCUCCCGGAGGUGCGGUCACGCCUUGCUUUGGCGCGUGUCACGCUUGGUGAAGGUCGCCGUAAGGUGUUUUGUUGCGCGCAGGUCCUGCUUGAGCGUCGGGUCACGCUUUUUCAGGCUCAUGUCAUGUCGGCUUUUCUGGCGGGAUCAGGGGCUUGGCCGCAGCUUGGCCACGAGGCAUGGCAUACUUUCGAGCAUGGGAUCACUGCCAUGUACCGCCAGCUCCUGAGGAUUCGGCCGUGUGAUAAUCAACGCUGGUCCCGGGAUGCCAUCUUCAAUGCGUGCAAUGCUCCUACCCCAGAGGACUCUCUUGCUGCGGAAAGGCUGAGGUUUUUGGGACAGCUUGCGCGCGGUGGACCGGACGAAGCAUGGGCAUUGUUACAGCACAGCCCAGAUGUGAUCGCCGGCUUCACUGGAGCACUCCAAUGGUUGUCAGAUGCAGUGUACGCGACUUGUGAACUUCCCGCUUUUGAUGCUCACUGUUCCGCCUGGCUUGAUUUCGCACGUGAUCGGGCGAAGCGCUGGAAGGGGCUCAUCAAGCGUGGAUUGCAAUGGCAUCGUGGUUCUAGGCGCUCUCGGGUUGCCUUUGUUUCCUUUUGCCGGGAAAUUUGGACGCCUCUAGCCCAGGCUGGCGAUCUGUUGGAUGCGCAGACUCAUGCAUGUCUUGUUUGUAGUCGUGCUUUUUCCUGCAGUCAGAGCUGGGCCUCCCAUGCCGCGCUCAAACACGGAUACCGCAAUAAGGCGAUGCGGCUCGCGAGGGGAUGCCGGUGCCAAGCGUGCGGCACUGUUUUCGCUUGUGCUCGGCGUAUGCGGCAACAUCUGGGUCUCUCGCCGCGAUGCCUUCAGUCGGUUGAACGUGCGGAUGCCUCGCUGUUGCCUGUUUUGGAGUUGGCUGAUGGCCACGUGCAGUCCCGUGCGCAGCAUGGACGCGGUCUAAGCCACCUCCCCGUCGCUGAGGAGGAUGUUUGCUGGGAACUUUUGCGUGAGCUCCGUUCUCGACAACUCUGCGAGGAUACGGAGAUUAUGGAGUUAGUUAAGGCAUAUGUCGAGCCUUUUCCAACUCUUCGGAACUCCCUGCAGCGAUGGGCGUCCGAACUCCGUCCUUCCCCUCAGCUGGAUGCAGUGUCGGACUUGCUGCUGUGCUUCACUCCCUUUUGGCUGUGUGAGGAAGCAGUUGCGAGACGAGGGUCUUGCGAGGACAAUGUCUUUCGCCCUGAUGUGCGCCCUUUACCUUGGUGCCCUCGACCAGCUGGACUUGCUGGCCUCCUCAUGGAUUUUCCUGAGUCGCAGGCCCUUGUCCACAGGUGUGCUUCCUGGAGGCGGUUGGCGUCGCUUUCCUUUCGAUCGCCCACCGCAUUCCUCGCUGGACUUUGCCUGCGUUGCCGUUCGUUUCCCUUCUUCUCCGCUACCAUGCCUCUCCUUUUGGAAAACUGA